CUCAAGAAUAUCUAAGGGACAGCUCCAGUAUUCAAGAGGAGAAGGCAGGAGGCCCCCGUCAUAAAGAGGAGCUGACUUGGUUGUUGGAGUUCGUACCUGCGAACCAUUUCAGCACAAAGGCUAUAGAAACACCCCCUCUAACCUCUGGGCUUUUGCACUGUGUGGUGUAGAUGGAGCAGAUGCGGAACGAGCUGCUUCAGGAGCGAGCCGUGAAACAAGACUUAGAGUGUGACAAGAUUUCCCUGGAGAGACAGAACAAGGACUUAAAGAGCCGGAUUAUCCACCUGGAAGGUUCCUACAGGUCCAGCAAAGAGGGGCUGGUGGUGCAGAUGGAGGCCAGGAUCGCAGAGCUGGAGGACCGUCUGGAGAGCGAGGAGAGGGACCGGGCCAGCCUCCAGGUCAGCAACCGCCGGCUGGAGCGGAAGGUGAAAGAGCUAGUGAUGCAGGUGGACGAUGAGCACCUGUCGCUGACAGAUCAGAAGGACCAGCUGAGCUUGCGCUUGAAAGCAAUGAAGCGACAGGUGGAGGAGGCUGAGGAGGAAAUAGACAGACUGGAAAGUUCUAAGAAGAAGCUGCAGAGGGAGCUGGAGGAACAGAUGGACGUGAACGAGCAGCUGCGGGGGCAGCUGAACUCCAUGAAGAAGGACUUCAGACUUAAGAAGCUGCCAAGCAAAGUGCUGGAUGACGUGGACGGCGACGACGACGACGACCUCAGCACGGAAGGGGGGAGCCUCUAUGAGGCGCCGCUGAGCUACACCUUCCCCAAGGACAGCACCGCCGCCAGCCAGAUCUGAGCCCACUUCCGGGGGCCUGCAGCCGCCCGCAGCGGGAGGCGAGGAAGGGAGCGCCAUCACCUCCUCUUCGCGGACCAGAUAAUUCCUCCCUGUGAUGUCAUGUCCUCCUAGGAUCUCUAUGGCAGCAUAGCUUUGGUAGCUUAGACAGCAGCUAUUGCAGGGUAUGCGUUGAGACGCCUGCAGCCACUUGGCAGGAUGGAGCCCCCGUUCUGCACAGCUGUCUGCAGCACCAUCUGCAUUGCUGCCCCUCUCUGCCCUCCGCCCCCGCCCCCCACCGUCAAGAAAAAGGGUCCAAAUGCUGGUUCCUAUUUAAUAGCCAUUGUGAAGGGGAGGGGAGGAUGCGUAGGCUGUACAUAUUUUAAAUCAGACCUUCUCACAGACUGCUGCUCUUCCAUUUUGGAAUGUUGCAGAGGCUUCGUGGGGUGGCUUGUUUGUAAAGUUCACACAUCUCUAUUGAGUAUUAUUUUUAAAAAUACAAAGCUACUAGAUUUUUAAGUAUUACUGAGCGAGAAGCAAGAGGGAGAAAGUAAAGACCACUCUGGGCAUCAGAGCUGGAAAAAGGAAUUGAUGUGGUGAUAAGGGACAGUUAAUGCUGAGAAGAGAAGUUCAAGUGGUCUUGGUAAAGAACUUGUUGAUGGAGGGAGGGAAAGUCAGAGGUCACUUGUAUCUGUGGUCCUUGGUUGCUUAUUUUAUCUAGAAUUUUGUUAAAAUUUUUGAACCAUGCUGAGACCAAUACCAGUCACCAGCUGCAAUUUCUUUUGCACAGGUGGAGUGGGCAGACAUGUACGUACGGUUUUUGACAAAUGAUGUUGGUUUCCGGGGGCGGGGGUGGAGCCCUCCUGUCGUGUCUUUUUGGUCCUUUCCUCCCGCCUCCAAACUACACUCUCUCCGCCCCUGGACCGGGUGGUUGCCAGGUGGGGACCGUGAGGGUUUGGGAGCAAGGUUCGCGGGCUUAAGCUUGAGGAAGAGGCGUGUGAUGUGCGGUAAGGUUCUGGGGACAGGAAGAAGGGAGAGGAGGUAAGCAGGUGUGUGUGAGCGUGGGUAGGAAGGAGGAGGUGGAAGAGGAAGAAGUUCCUGAAAGCUGGGGGGAUGUGUAGGCAAGAGGCAGAUUGAACACGAUCUCAGGUUUAUGUCAGGAAAGGGAGGAAGGAAGCAGAAGUCAGACAGAGGCAUGUCUGUGCAAACUGGAAGAAUCCUGACUUCUGGGACAGAGGGCCAGCAGCCAGCACCAGGCAGGAGGUAACUGGGACUGGGUGAGGUCUGGGCAAGGCCACGUUGCUGGGAUGGAAUUUCAGGGAGGCACUGAGAGGAUGCUGGGUAUCCCGGCACUUCCUCUUGGCGUUCCUGGUGUCACCUCCACUGUGAUGGUCCCUAGGCAUACACAGAGGCCAGGUCCAGUCACAGCUGGUCAGGGCCAUGGCCAGGGCGGGAACCCUUCGAGUUGUGUGCAUGUGAGUGAGUGUUCAGCUGCCUCACAGUGUCCCCACUUAUCCUGGUAGAUAAGAGGCCUGUGACCCCAGCGCUCCAUGACAGUUGCCACAGGGAGCAGGGAAUCUCAGUGCCCUGCCUACUCCAGGUCACAGAGCGCACCCAGCAGGAUUCAGAGUGAUCAGCCCCAUUUAUGGGUAGGUGUCGUCGCCCCCCCGCCACCACGGGUGAGCCCCCCAGAGCAGAAGAGCCAAGCCCCCUUCUGCCUCUGCUGGGUGGAGUGCUUCUUGCCUCUGCUUACUUAUUUGGAGUAUGGAGAGAUUCCUCCUUUUAGCCAUUCAUUCAUUUCGCAUAUAUUCAUUGGAGGUCCGUGAUAUCCCAGUCUUUGGCACUGGGGACACAGCAGUGAAUAAAGUGGAUCAAAAUCCCUCCCUUCCUGGAGCGCUGUCAGGGGAGAGGGUGUGAUAGACAACAGUCACACCAAUGAACACAGAGGCUGAGCCCCUUCAAACCUAGCCCCGGAGCCCCUCUGUCCUCUUGGGGAGGCAGCAAGCCUGUGGUUGGUUGACUGGCUCAUUGGAACCCACAGGGGUUCUUCGACUCUCAUAUGUUGUUGAGUUCCCCGCUGCUUCCACCACCAUUAGGUAUUUGCCAAGAAGCCUGCCCAGCAAUGCUUCCGCCCGCUCAGCACUACAGAUUAGAAGAUGGGAAAAUUUGGGGGCCCAAGAACUUUGGGAGCGAGUCAGCAUCUGUCUUGGUUUGUGAGAAAGUUUCUGCCUCUCAUUCUAGCCAGUUCCUUCUGGUAGCCAUGAGGCAGCCUGCAAGAAACAAACUGCCUGUGAAAAGAGAACAGAGCUCACCAUUCAGAAGAUCUGCAUCUUUACCCUAAAACUGGGACAUUAAAAAUGUCAACAAAUGUGCCCUCCUGCGCUGUAAUGGGGCUGGCGGUGAACUGAAUGCGUGCAGUGCACCAGGAUGGGAGGAACACGAGCCUGGGAGCUGAGAGGGGAGAUGUUUUCAAGUCCCAGCUCAUCUUGCCGUGGUGACCUUGACAGGGGUGACCUUCAGAGGCCUGCCCUCAGAGCGGCAGAUGACGCGGAAUGAUUGAGGACCAGGGCUCAAGGUCCUUGCCAGCUCUGACACGCUGUCAUUCUUUGAUUUUAUUAUGUACACAUAUAUAUUUUUUUCUGUUCGUUGCUUUAAGAACUAACCCUACUCGAGAGUAUUUUCUUUAGCUAGUUUAAAAAGAAAAAAAAAAUAUUUUAUUUAAUAAACAAGUAUGUGGCCAAAUGCAGUGCUGAAGAGACAAUCAUCAUAAAGCUUUAUAAUUUUUCUUCCUGCUUCUGAGUGUCGUCCGACAAUGCCGAUAGGCUUAGUUUGUUGGGUUUCUGCUUUCGGGUAUGGUUUGAUGGGCUAGGUUUGUCACCGGGAAGAGACAUUCUUAGGCAGCGACCUCCGUGUAAGUGAACUCCUGGAGAAAAGCAAGUUUGCCUUUCAAUAAACGGUAUCACCCA